AUGGCGAACAAGAUUGCGAUGUUUCUCUCAGAAGCAAUGAACAGCAACGCUGUAAUAAACACGUGUCUAGGAGUAUCGUUUGUUGUUUUGGGAUUGAGAUCUGAUAAACAGCAAAAUCAUGUCGAGGCCUUACAGGAGCAGAAGGAAUCGCUCUUCAAGUCUAACAAGGAAAUGAAAGUCACAAUGUGGGAGUGGAAACAGCAACUCUUUGCUGAAGCAGCCUCUGCUGGUGAUUCCGCGGUUGUUCCUCUGUCCGCUCUUAAGGCCAUCUAUGGCGAGGUCACCACGGCCUCUCAAUCUGGUGACACAGCCAAGGAAGAGUCUAAAGGUUCUACCCCAACGAUCAUGGUUUGA